AUGCGAGCUGAUUGUGCACUGGAGGAAAUUGCCAGGGCUGAUCUGGUUGCAGUCUGCAGCAGCGAUGACGUUGAACGUGUUGAAUUGACGGCAAGACAAAAGGCGCUGAUCCGGCAGCUUGCCUUGCGGGUCAACCGUGUCGCGGGCAUUUGUACCGGUGCCUACGUUCUGGCUGAUCUCGGGUUGCUGGACGGCCGGGCGUGUACCAUUCACUGGGAAUACGCCGAUCUGUUCCGGGAAAUGUUCCCAAGGACCGACCUGGUUGACAACCUCAUUCAGGCCGAUGGCCGGUUCCUGACAUGCGCGGGCGGCACUGCCGCAAUCGAUCUCAUGGUCGGCUUUAUUGCGGAAGUGCACGGGAGCACGGUUGCCGGUGACGUUGCGGACAUAGCGCUGCACCAUGACAUGAGGUCGGGCGAGGAGCGGCAGCAUACGGUAAUGCGCGACGAUCUGGAGAUGGUGCCGAAAAAACUGCGCGUUUGCAUCGAACUGAUGACCGAACAUGUCAGCGAACCACUGUCACUUCAGGAAAUUGCCAACCGGCUCGGUGCGAGCCCGCGCCAGCUUCAGCGUGAUUUCCACAAAUACCUGAAUUGCACCCCGCUCGAUUAUUACAGCAAGAUCCGCAUCGACAUCGCACGUCAACUGGUGUGCCGCACGUCGAUGCGCAUAAUCGAUAUCGGUGUUGCCUGUGGAUUUUCCAGCGGCUCUCAUUUUUCAAAACGUUACCGUGCAGCGCAUGGCCUGAGCCCGGCGCAGGACAGAGAGCUCCGGAGCCGGAAGCUGGAACGCUGA